GCUGCUUCCAGUCUCUUUCUGUCAGCAGGAGCUGGAGGAGAGAUCAGUUCACCAGCGCGCUCCUGAAGUGAGGAACCCGACGACCAUUUCCAGGAGAGAAAUUAUUUUUUUCCCACCUUCCAUUUGAGCGAGAAUAUAAAAAAUAUGAGCUUUCGUUCUCUGUUCAUCUGAUGCAAUACUUCAGUAUGGUGAAGUUAGUUUGAGGAAGUUUGUUUUGGGGAGCUUUUACGCGCAAGAGGCUCGAGCUCUCCAGAAGAUCUCCGCAUGCCCUUGGUGAAUUAUAAAUAGCUUGAUCUCUCAACUGUGUUUUUAUCACCAAUAAUAUGUUUCCCUGCGAGAUGCUCAUCUGCGUCCUGGCCAUCGCCUGUCUCCUGGAGAUCCCUCGAGGCACCGCGGGCGCGUCCUGCGAGCCCAUCCGCAUCCCCAUGUGCAGGACCAUGCCGUGGAACAUGACCAAGAUGCCCAACCACCUCCAUCACAGCACGCAGGCCAACGCCGUGCUCGCCAUCGAGCAGUUUGAGGAGCUCCUGGGCACUCAGUGCAGCCCGGACCUGCUGUUCUUCCUGUGCGCCAUGUACGCGCCCAUAUGCACCAUCGACUUCCAGCACGACCCCAUCAAGCCCUGCAAGUCCGUGUGCGAGCGAGCCAAGCGCGGCUGCGAGCCGGUCAUGAAGAAGUACAAUCAUACGUGGCCGGAGAGUCUGGCCUGCGAGGAGCUGCCCGUCUACGACCGAGGAGUCUGCAUCUCACCCGAGGCGAUAGUCAAGGCGGAGGGGCCAGAUAAUCCUUACUAUCAAGACCCUUCAAAAUGUAACCCUGAAGGAAAUCCAGACUUCCCAAUGGAUUCACAUAAUACCAACUGCAAAAGAGAGAAUGAUCGGUGCAAAUGCAAGCCUGUGAAACUUAGUAAAAAGACAUAUUCAAAGAACAAUUACAAUUAUGUCAUCAGGGCAAGAGUGAAAGAGAUCAAGACUAGAAAUCAUGACCUGAGCGCUAUCGUGGAAGUCAAAGACAUCUUGAAGUCUUCUCUGGUCAACAUCCCUCGAGACACUGUCACUCUUUAUUAUAAUUCUGGGUGUCUGUGUCCUCCGCUAGCAGCUAAUGAGGAAUAUAUCAUCAUGGGUUAUGAAAAUGAGGAAAGGUCCAGACUGCUGCUCAUUGACGGAUCCAUUGCACAGAAGUGGAAAGAAAAAGUGGGACGGAAAGUGAAGGACUGGGACAGGAAUUUGCAUAAGGAGAAAAGAGUAAACUCAGAUAAGAGCAAAACAAGACGGAGACACUAACUGUCCUUAGAAAAACCACAAGGACAAGCCCAAGGAGGAGAAGAGGUUCAAAAAACUGAAAAAUUGCACUAUUGUACUUUUUUUUUUUUUUUUUUUCAUUUUUGGCUGAGACUGUUUUUUAGUUGUUUGCUUUGUUUUAUUGUCGUUAUAUAUUCUCAUAAACAAAAUGUUGCCUUUGCACAAAGAAAAUGUUGGUUUGACAUUGCUGUGUAUCCUUGCUGGGAAAGGGUGGUGUGAGUGUCGGGCAGCGUUUGUCCAUCAAAGUGAGAAGGAAUGAACGGGAGGGAGGAGUAUUUUUCUAGCAGCGUGGAGGUAGAGAGCCACGGAGAUGCCAGUGUGCUUUGACAUGACGCAGCGCUCCAUUGAGCUCUCUGUGUACAAAUUCAACAAAAGCGCUCUCAUCACAGACUGAAUUUUCCCCUCAGGAGGUUUAAACAUUCUUCUGAAGAACAAUGAACAGCGCGGGGAGAGAGAGAGGAUCCUUUGGCAGAAGCACAGUGAUGUCAAGAUGAUCCAAGACUAGGAGUGUGUAACAUUAUUGUGACGAAAACAAGCUGUUGGGCUUUCUGAAUGGUGUUCAUUUAAAAAAGAAAAAAAGAAAAAAAGCUUCUUACAUGAUAAUUUCUGUAGUUCUGUUCUCUUGUAGAUAUGCUUGAUCUUAAAUGUCAUUCCUAGGAAGAAGUUGCAUUUGUAAGUGUCAUGCAGUUGAACUGGCUAUUAUUGUACAAACUGUACAUAAUGCUUCAGAAUCCACCGUGAGACCAUUAUCAGUCUAUAACUCGGUUUACAUCUAGCUGAUGACACAACCAUGUUUGUAUGUUAAUGACAUCAAUUUCACAAAUAGACAUUUUGUCUUCCAAGACAAACAAGAAUAUUUCUGUACUUUCGGUUCAAGUAAAGAUGUUUAAUCUUA